AUGGAUGACACAACUGAGGCUUCAUCUUCUCUUGCGCUGGAAAAGAAGACGGCUUUCUGCUCACCUAAACUGUCCCAGAAUGACGAUGGCUCGGAAGCUGCAAGUGUGGAUGUCUAUCCGGGACCGGGAGGUGGGAGACUCUGGAGCCACAACGAAGAGCCCGAUGAACGAGAGCCAGUAGAGCCUGAAGAAGAGAUGAGAGAGAUGAUACUCUCCAAUUGCCCUCUAGACCUGCGACUUAGCAGCAACAAAAGAUUGGAGACAAGUUUCUGA